GCCACAACCUCCAGGUGGUGCUAAAUGAAACCCUGCAACUGCGUCGCGUCGGCUUGAGAAGAAGAGCGAACAACACCCCAGCAGGCUGGCGGAGGAAAAGGGAAGUACCAGGAAUGCCGAAGAAAUUCCAGGGUGAGAAUUCCAAAUCGGCCACAGCGAGGGCCCAGAAGGCCGAAGUCAAAGCAGUCGCUGAUGCACGCAAACAGAAGGAGCUGGAGGAUGCGCUCUGGCAAGAUAAUAACAAACAUGUCAUGAAGAAAGAGCAGAGGAGGGUAGACUUUGACAGGGAAAUUGUCCGAAUUGAAGUAUUCAGUGGUACCUGGGAAGUACCAGGAAUGCCGAAGAAAUUCCAGGGUGAGAAUUCCAAAUCGGCCACAGCGAGGGCCCGGAAGGCCGAAGUCAAAGCAGUCGCUGAUGCACGCAAACAGAAGGAGCUGGAGGACGCACUCUGUCUUCUGUAUCCUUUCGAAUCUACAGAGAAAAGCCACUUGGAGAUGCCGCUUGAGGAGAAUGUCAAUCAGAUAGUUCCAGAAGAAGGCACGGUGGAGGCCCAAACCAUUGAGGAUGCCAUCGCAGUUCUCAGCACUAAGGAAGACCUGGAUCGACACCCUGAGCAUCGUAUGAAAGCUGCCUACGCUGCGUUUGAAGAAGCAAACAUGGCACGCCUUAAAAUGGAGAACCCCAAUAUGCGACUUUCCCAGCUAAAACAACAGCUCAAGAAGGAGUGGACAAAGUCUCCGGAAAACCCCCUCAACCAACGAGUGGCCGCCUACAACUCCAAGUAAACCAACACAAUGGCACUUAAAGACUGACCCUCGGUGCAGAUCCUAACAAAUACAAAAAGGCACCACGAUUAAAUUUGGACACACAAAUGUAACAAAUGAACUGCUGAUCUGUUCACACCCCUCACCUCGUACGUGAACUCGCAGACAAACUUGGAUUAUUUAACUAAUUAUUCAAUAAAUAUCUGAUGAUGAA